AUGGGAAGAACUGGGAUCGCCAAAGCACCAAAUCUGUUGUUAAGAAGUUGGAAGCAAGUUCAAGGGCGUGGAGGGAUAAGCAGCAAAGCUGCAAAACCAAAUCCGAUGGUCGUCGUCGACUACUCUGAAAAUAUUUCCGACCAUAGAGUAGAGAUCAACUGUGGUGGCGAAGAGGAGUGGGUCCCACACCCACGUACGGGAAUAUUCUUUCCGCCGGGACAAGAAUCAGUGAUGGACGGCGUCCCUGACGGUGCUGCCUCCUUUGACAUGACGUUUUGGCUUAGGAACGUCGACGGUGUCGAUAAACCUGAUCCUGACCAUUAUUUUCCUAAUUGA